AUGGCAAAGAAAGGAAAAGCUCGAGUUAGAAAUGAGGCAACAUCAACGUUACAAGAUGAUCAAAUAUCAAAUCAAAUAGAAGAAGAAAAUGUAGAAACUAAUCCCAAUCAUUCAGAAGCACCAUCAUCAAAUCCAUCAACUAAUGAAGUAUAUCAUCCUAUUGGGGAACAAAAUGUCAGAGGAAAAGCUAAAGGUGUCAAAUCAGGAGAGGGAAUUGAGGUUGAGAUAUAUGAUGGAAGGUUAAAGAGACCGGAUCAAAUGGAGAAUAUUAGGUCAACUGCAACAUCUGAGGGCUCAUUGAUCAAUGAAUGGGAAAUCUAUCGCAAUGUUACAGGAGAACCUAGUCAUGGUCGUGUGCUUGGAUUAGGUACAGGUGUAAAAGGAAAAGAUGUUUAUGGUAGUAGUUCCUCUCAAACUUGCAGCAAAAAAUGUGAAGAAAAUCAAAAAAGGAAAGAAGAGGAAUGGGAGGGUCGUUUCAAGAAAAUGGAAUCCAUUAUUAAUGAAUUGCAGCAACAAGUACCUGUCAUGGUUCAAACAAUAUUGCAAAGCUUGGGCGUACCUAGUGCACCAAUAGCUACUCAGGGUGGCGCUAAUGGACUUAGAGAUUUGAGUAUUAAUUCUCAUGAUAAUAUAACAAAGGAAUCAGGAAAUAUCAAUGUAAAUGACAACAAUGACAAUAGCUUCGUGGAAGAUUGCGAAAGAGGUGAUGAUCCUCGUGAUGACGAUGGCGAUAAUGAUGAAGAUGAGAACGGAGGAGAAGACGAAGAUUCAACCUCUUUGGAGAUGGAGCUCCAACUCUGGAAUGGAGGUGAGCGUGAGGUGGGUCUUCUUCGACGCCUUCCCUUUGCUCGGCCAACUUUGCUAGAUUUAUAA